UCUUCGUCUUCCUAUCGACGCUGGAGCCGAGUGCGUGUGUCCUCCUGACAAUCCACGCCCACCACCGGCGCCCACCAGUGCCCAAGCCAACGAUGGACCCCGAAGCAGUUGUCAGGGAAGUGUUUUCUCUCUACGAAAAGUUUGGCGACGCUGACUACAUCGGAGAGGCGGUGACGCAGAGGCAACACGCCCUCCAGGCCGCUCGCCUGGCAGAGGAGGAGGAGUUUCCCGAGGAGACAAUCCUCGGCGCCCUUCUGCAUGACGUCGGCCACCUGGCGGGCAUGAGGGACGGCAGCGUGCGCAUGACCACGAAGGGCGUGACACUCGGGGCGGCCAGUCAUGACGUCACAGGAGCUGAGUAUCUGGCCCGCCUCGGCUUCCCUCCUGCAGUCACGACCUUCGUCAGGUACCACGUACAGGCCAAGAGGUUCCUCGUGGCCACUAACGCCGGUUAUUAUGAGAGGAAGCGAGCAAGAUGACCCUCGAACAUCAAGGAGGACCGAUGACGGAGGAGGAGGCGAGGGCUUUCGCACAGGACCCGCAGGUCGACGCCAUUUUGAGGAUGAGGAGGUGGGACGAGAGAGCCAAAGACCCCGAGGCUGUCACGCCGCCCUUGGACCACUACAAGGACAUGUGUCUGAGGUUCCUGCGGGAGAGGGAGGCGGCAGCGGCCAAGGCGGGAAAGAAGAGUUGAAACGGAAAAACGUGUGCAAAGAAAAGGGCCCC